GUUACAGUGCUCCGCACACCGAGUCCGACAGCUUGGCAGCCAAUCGUUCCCAUACACUCAGGACGGACUACGGAGCUAUCCGCAUGCAUGGCGUCCCACCUGCCGCCUGCAAGCUGCGUUUCCGUCAUUGACGUUAACGUCAACAAGUCUCCUCAACACCAAACCAGCUUCAUUCGAAUAGUGACCGCGUAGCUACCGCUGCUGCGCGCCCGUCCGCUCAAAAUGCAGCUCACCGCCUUUACCCUCUUACUCCCUUUCCUAAGCUCUCUCGCCUCUGCCCGAUCACCCGCUCAGACAUCCUCAUCAUCAUCAUCGACGACAGUAACCCUCCGCAUCCCACCAAGCCACCUGCUCCCGAAUCCGCACACGCUCCCGGCUUCGACCCGCGCGACUUUUACCACUCUUGGCAAGGCCCUCGCGGCGCCGCUCUCGGUCGCAAACACGUUUGUCUUCCGCAACGUCACGCCGGGCUCAUACCUCGUCGACGUGCACUGCGCGACGCACGCCUUUGUGCCGCUGCGCGUCGACGUCCUGAGGGCUGUUGAUAGCGGCGAUGUGGAUGCUGCUGCGGAUGUGGAUGGGAAUGUGCCGGGUGGCUUGAGGGUCGCGGCGUGGGAAACGUACAGGGGCAAUGACUGGGGGAAUAAAGGGGAGGUCAUCCCCGUGACUGCGGCAUCAGGUCCUGGGGAGGAAGGGGUCGUUUUGGAUGCCAGGGCCGCGGGGCAGAAGGGGUACUUUAUGGAGAGGAGUCAAUUUUCGGUCUUGAGCAUCUUCAAGAACCCCAUCAUACUGCUCAGCUUAGUUAGCAUGGGGCUGUUCUUUGGGAUGCCCAAGCUGAUUGAGAAUAUGGAUCCUGAGAUGCGGGCCGAGUGGGAAGAGAGGCAGAAGGAGAACCCAAUGAAUGCGCUCAUGGGCGCAGCGUCGGGGCAGCCUGCUAAUCCCAUAGGCAACUUUGACAUGGCCGCGUUUCUGGCUGGGUCCUCGUCGGCUAAGCCGGACGAGGGGAAUGGGUCAGGGUCUGGCAAGGGUAAGGGGGAGAGUAAGAAGAAGAGGUAGCUUUGUGUUGGGGUGUACGCGCUUGCCUCGCGGUUCGGUUCUACUAUAUAUAUGAAUAGAGGCUGUUGUCAUAGAUUUCCAUGUUUAUGCCAAGUGGUGUUCUCCUUGUAGCCCG